AUGGGCGGCCUGACAACUCAGCAGAAUUAUCUUCUGUGCAUAUGCCUCGAAAGUGCACUUUAUGCCUUUUAUGUUGGGGCGUUUGGCUACUGUAUGCGGGUACUCUCCACCAGGAACAGCGGUUCAAGGACAAACACUACUGUAACUUUCAUCGUGGUCCUCCUAUUCUUCAUGACUACGGCGGAAUUCGUUAUCGAUGCGUACGUGGCAGGACGGUUCAAUUUAAGUGACGCCUACUACGACAACACUCCGCAUGCAUUGCUCGAGCAUAAUUUGCAUGACCUUCUCUACUGCAUCUAUGAUGGUAUUUUCGGCAUCAAUAUAUUCCUGGCAGAUGCACUUGUGGUCUGGCGCUGCUCGGUAGUCUGGAAUAAGAGGUGGUUCAUUAUUGCCAUCCCUAUCGUUGCGCUCAUUGUAGAGAUCUCAUUGGGUAUUUCCGUACUUGUCGUGCAAGGGGAGCACUACCUACUACGUCUGCAUACCCUUUGGGGUGCUACUCUCCCAGAUCGAUGGACACAGCUUGGAAGCCUGCUCAGCCGUCUGAAUAUUGCCUACUAUGUGACUACCUUUAUACUCAAUGCAGGCAUGACCAUCUUGGUCUCAUCGCGGAUAGCUUGGGUAGUUAGGAAGGUUCAGAAAGCAUCCGGACACACUUUUGGCUCCAGAUAUAUCCGUGCAGUCAGGAUAUUAAUCGAGUCUGGCUUGAUUUAUGCGGCCCUUCUUCUAUUGGCUAUGGCCUUCCAAAAUGACACAGUUGGAGAUAUUGCUUCAGUCCUGCUGGUCAUGAGUACAGGUCUUGUCCCGACCUUGGUCCUGACGUUGAUUGCUCUGGGCAAGAGUACAGAACACGUGAUGCAGGUUAUGGACCAUUCCGCUGUCACUACUUUGGAUGGAGAGGUUCUUGUUGAAAAGCAAUCCCGUGACGAAGCACUAAAGAUCUCUGCAACCAUCGAAAACCCGGUCUUCGGCACCAAUGAGGUGGAAGCUCAGUUUUAUCAUUCCUCCCCUGGGUUGCCAUCCCAGGAGCAGGUCCUUGAAAUUGACCUGCCAUUCUGA